UCUCUUCUACCAGCUGUUUGUCUUUAUCUUCAACUAAAACAAAUUGGAAAACUUAAUUUAAAUUAAAAAACUAUAAAACGACAGGCGAAGGAAACCCAAAAAUGGCACAAGUCGCUUUUUUGGACAAUCUCUUGAGGGAAUACCUAGUUUUCCGUGGAUUCUCUGGGACCUUGAAGGCCCUCGACUUGGAGCAGCGCACGGAAAAGGACCAGCACUUUCGGGCGGAGAGGAUUCUCGAUCAAUUUAAUAAUGCCGUGCAGAAUUCUGACCUUCUGGCUCUAAGGAGUCUGUGGUUCCACCUGGACAACAACAUAUUUUCCAAGCUGGAGCACACCUACGCCGUGGCUGUCAAGAAACUGGAAAACAGCCUCCUAAAGUACUACCUGGUGACCGCCUACAGCAGCAAUCGUUCGGAGAAAGUGUCCGAGUUCUUCAACAAAAUGGCUGGCGAGCUGCAGCAGCAGAGCGAGUGGAAGGAUUGGUUCUAUUUUCCCUUCUGCAAGAACGCCGAGGAGUCGCCCACCUUCGCCCUGUUCUUCACCAAGCAAUGGCAGGACACGCUACUCCUGUCCCUGCGCAACUUCCUGACCACCGUCUACCAGUGUCUGCCCCAGCCCACAUUUGUGCGGGCGGAGCAGGAGGCAGUCCACAUGCAGCGCCUGAGCGAGGACAAUGCCGGGUUGCGAACACGCCUGCUCAAUCUGCAGCAGGAACUGCACCAGCUAACCCAACAGCAGCCGGGAACUUCUGCCAGCGGAACCAGCGGAGGUUCACUCAGCGGUGGUGAUGGUGGCGCCCGGCGACGUAGUGUCUAUCGCCAACAGCAGAGCCUCAGCGACAUUCUGCCCUUCGACAUCAGUCCGCCCGGCCACAUCGUCGAUGACUUCUGCAUCAUUGCCUCCGAGGCGAACAGCGUGAGCCAGGCCAGCGACGCCCAGGCCCGGGGCCUUAAGCUGCUCAUCCGAAACAUCGGAUCCGGAAGCUCGCCUGUGAUGGGACGCAAGGACCAAGCAGCCAGUUCUUUAAGCGACAAGUCUACCAAGCGCAGAUCCGGCAGCGUGGGACGCAGUUGGAUUUAAAAGACAACUACGGAUUAAACUGUUCGGUAAUGUUAAGGCUAUAAAAAACAUCCCCCAAGCGUAUAGUAUGUAGCUGAGAUAAAAUAUUUGGAUAUUUCCCAAAACUAGAGUAUCAUCUAGGUAAAUACACCCUCCAAAAAAAACUGCCAAGUGUUUCCAAGUGUGUUAUUCAAUGUGUUUAAUUUUUAAGCGAUUCUCAUCAGUUCGUAGACGUACAAGAGUUGUACUACAAAACAAAGAGCAAUGCAUGUAGCGUAAUACAUAAUUGCAAUAAAUAACGUAAAAUUACAAAUAAAUAUAUUGUAGGUGUAUAGACGAUUCGUAUUCGUGUAUAAAACAUCUCCGUUUAUACAAGCAGCACAAUUUAAAAAAUACAGUUCAUUGUAUAAAGGUGUUGUGUAUAUAUAGUGAUAUAUGUAUAUGUUGCAUAAAGUAGCAUCGCUUCUGACUCGUUUCCGUCCGUCAAUAAAUGCAGUUUCGGCUUGGCUACGGAAGGGAA